AUGACUGCUGAUACUGCAGCUUCAUGCAACAUUAUUAAUGAGUGUACGUUUAGUAGUAAAUUUAGUGGUGUGUUGUUAAACACUAACACGAACAAUGUACAUGCCUAUGGUGGAACAACCCUUAAGGUAAAAGGAAUUUUCACUGAUACUAUCUCGUGUAAAACUAAUGAUAAUGUUACUUUCACAGACACAUUCUAUGUUGUAGAAGGCCAAUGCGGAUGCUUGUUAAGCAAUAGGGCUAGCCAGAAUUUAAAACUGGUAGCGGUUAAACAAUAUGUUAAUGUGGUAUUAGAAAGUAGUGAUGUGGUUAAGAAAUACCCAAAUGUGUUUAACGGGAUUGGACAACUUCAGAAUUUUGAAGUCAAGUUGCACAUUGACGAGAGUGUACCCCCAGUAGCCCAGCGCCACAGGCGUAUCCCAUAUCACAUGAGGAAAAUGGUUGAAAAUGAAUUGUUAGAGUUAGAACGUAAUGAUAUCAUUGCUAACCAGGCAAUAAUGCGCGAAAGACACCGACCGUAA